AUGAAACUCUCCAUCUUUACCGUUGGGACCUCCGCCCUUGUCGGCCAGGCCAUGGCUUUCCACGGCAGCAUGGGCGCCUCCCCCUACGUCCGUGACCCAAGUGGAUAUUACCAGUACAUCUACCUGACAGACUACACCACUGGCUCGGAGUGGGCAGGCCGACUUGACGGAGGAUUUGACAAUUGUGUCAAUGGCGUUCAGUGCUGGGUUUCGUGA